GCAAUAUUCAAAGAAGAAAAGAAAUUCUUAAAUCUCAUUCUCUCGCCUGUCUAAUAAUAUUCCCAUGCUCGAAACGACUAUCUCUAACUUCUGAUAGUUGCCCGAUCUAGCGAUCGAUUCGAUAGGGUUACCCCCGUAAGCCGAUCUACUUUCCAAAAUCAUCGAGCACCACAGCCAGCCUCGCUGCGACCGGUCGAUCGAUCCAUCGAUCAAUAAGAAAGGAAGAAAAGAAAAAAACCGCUCGAAGCACGCGAUGCUUACCAAUCAUUCAUUCUACUCGGCGGAUCGUCAAUACGUGUGCCCAUACAUGUGAGUCCGCGCUCGCUAUAUAUCAGGUCACCAAACAGUCGCGUCGGGUUCAUGCAUGCGCGAGGAACAUUUCAUACACGUUGGCUGGCGGUGGCACGCAACCAUCCAGUGUGUGGUAACAGCACACACAAACCGUGUACACACGGCGGGGAAAGGAGAGAAACGAGCAUCAGUAGUUGCGCGGGUAGGGAAGCGCGACCGAUAGAAGGGGAAGAGAGCAGGAAACGGCGCGGCUACGACGUAAGACGCGAGGGGAUCGGAGUCGAGUGGCCAACCAGUCCUGAAGAGUAUUCAAUUCACCACGUCGUGCCGCGCGUGGAACGACGGCCGUCAAUUCGCUCUGAGGCUGAGAGGCUCGUUCUCUACCUUCUCUCGAAUCCUCCUCGCGAUUCCCAGAAACAAUGAUCACCCCGCGAGAUCACCAGCCGGUGUUGUAGCUUUGGGUGGUUUAAGUGGUGCGUCUAGGUGGGAGUGUAUCCGGAUCAGCUAGAUAGUCAUUUCGCAAUCCGUCCGCGCUUUCCAAGGGAAAAGUGAAGUUAAGGUUGCGACACGAAGCAACCAGCGUGGCUUCCUGGUAACAGUUUGACACCGUGAUUCACGCACAGGUGUUGUUUCUCGCACGUAAACACUUGAAGAAACUUCGAAUCUCUCGACCUGUAAUCACCCGUUUUGUUUUAAAAUUUUUGCGUUAUUUCGUGUGUGAAAAGAGGAUGCAAAGAGAAUGCUUCCAAGAGAGGAACGCUGUAACGAGAGAGGAUCCUUCGAGUUUCACGUCGUUUUACUAAUGUCUAAGGUAACUCGAUUCGUACUUCUUCUCGUUUAUACGUCGUUCGCCAAUGGUUCGUGCAUGUGUUAAGUGAAAAAGUGAUCGCAUCGUUGGCGGAUUGACCGUCUGGACAAAGAAGAGAGAAGCGCGAUAAAACGCUUGGUGCAUAAAACGUGAAGGGAAGAACAGAAAACGAGAGAUGUUAAUUGAAGAUGACGUGACAGAGAAGGACGUGGUGAAGUGGUAAUUAGAAAAAAAGCAAGAAAGGAAAGAAACUUGAAGCUUGAUUGAUCAGAACCAUUCACCACCUUAGAUAAAGGAGAUUAAAAGAGAAGCUUCUUUAAAUUCAGGUUUAUCUAUAAAGUGAUAAGAGAGGAAAAAGAAGGAAUAAAGAUGGAAGAAGCAACAAUGUCUACCGUUUUAUUGGUAGCGAAGAUAGGAGCAAUGAUCGGUCUUGGCUUUGGCUCAUUGAUUCUGGGCAUGUUGCCGUUGAUCGUCGGACGUUACAGGAUGAAUCAUCGUCAAAAACGACAUCGCGGGAUCUUCAGUAAUUCCAGUACCUGUACCUCCACGUCCGUUUCAAACGCUUCCUCCUCCAGCGUUAUCUCCGGAUCUGCAACAAACUCACAAGGCCUGCAGACGUCGUUGCUGCUCUGCUUCGGCGGCGGCGUCCUCCUAUUCACCACGUUCUUGCAUCUAGCCCCGGAGGUACGUGUGAGCGUAGAAAGACAUCAAACGAACGGUCAACUGCCUACGCUUGGCACGCUAAAUCUGUCGGAGCUGCUGUUUUGCGCCGGAUUCUUUCUCGUCUACUUCGUUGAGGAGGCAGUGCACGCAGCGCUGACGGGAAAACCCGACUCGUCGGAGGCGUUGCUCUACAGGACGGUGUCGGUGCGUAGGUGCAACAAUCAAACAGGCGCGUCGACAACAACGAACACCGGCUCGACCACCACCGUGUCCACCAUAACUAGAUCCACCUGGAAGGAAGGUAACGACGAGCUGAAAGAUAGUGAAAACGAAUCGAGCAAACGAUCCAGGCUUGAACACGACUUGGACUUGGAUCUGCGCGAUGGCAAACGGCAAGACAAGGUGUUACCUGCCAUAUUUGUCCUGUCUUCUUCCAUGGAGUUGUCCUCCGCGCAGCACAGUCCCGCCCAGGACAACGCGAGAUAUCGCGAUACGAAUUACCCUAGAAUGAAACACCACGAGCACAAUCAUGCCGCCAUGACGAAGAACUCGUCGGUACAGGGAUUGCUAACGGUACUGGCUCUGUCCUUCCACGCGAUUUUCGAGGGUCUGGCCGUUGGCCUGGAGCCCUCCAUUGGCUCCGUCGUUUACCUAGCUGCUGCCAUCGCCACGCACAAGCUGGUGAUCUCGUUCUGCGUCGGUAUGGAGCUGUACGUCGCUGGUGCUUCCACCAGGACCACUCUUGGAUAUCUGACGAUAUUCUCGAUGGUGACGCCGAUCGGCAUCGCCGUCGGAUUGGCCCUCGGUCAUUUUAAGAACGACAGCGAGAAUUUAGGGCCCACGCCGACCAUACUGCAGGGAAUGGCCGCCGGGACAUUGCUAUACGUGGUUUUCUUCGAGGUGUUGGCACGCGAAAGAGCUAACGAGAAAAGUGGCCUCUUACAGUUGACUGCCAUAAUUGUUGGAUUCAUGCUGAUGUUGGGUCUACAAAUCGCCACCGCACAUUCUCAUUCCCAUUCCCAUUCGCACUCGCAUUCACACGAUGGACACGCACACGUGCAUGGCCACGAGGUUGAUCACCAUCAGGAAAAUGAUCACAAUCACGAGUUGGACUCUCACGAACACAUCUACUCAAACGAAAUGAGCGAACGAAUACUCACCGAUAAAAUCUACAGAGUAACGGAAAGUAUCGCAGAGACUGUCAGCAACGUCCUAUCCUCCACGAUGAAAACAUCAACUGACACUCCCUUCAGAAGCAGUAGUAACGAAACGGCAUUGCACACGAAUCGAAGCUAA